AUGGGUCUACGAGAGGCUCUAGGGAAGGGAGAUGAGGGUCAACGGAAGCAUACGGGCGGGGAAGCACCCGAGUUUGUAUUCCUGAGGUCCGACGCGACGACCCAGGACAUGAUGACGCAUCAUGAUCAUCCGGGGGGGGGAGCAUCGUCCGCCGCUCCGCCACCGCCACAGCCACAGCCACCACCCGACCGCAGCUUCCUGACGGCGGAAGGGUCGAGGGACGGUGAGGAGAAGCGCAAGAGCCGACGCAGCCUCGACGUCUUCCGUCCGCGUAGCCGGUCCCGAAGUGCCUCGUCGGACGGCAACGGUGGUGGUGGCGGCGGUCGACCGCGUAGCCUGUCUCGGCGUCUUCACCUGAGCCGUCAGCGUUCGUCGGAAUACGUCCCCGAGGAUCUACCCGAGAUUAUCGACGGUGUCGGAUCCGCGGAAGGAGGAGGAGGAGGAGGAGGAGGGGGCGGGGGCGGGGGGGCCGCAUAUGAUCCCGAGGCGACGGAGCUGCAGUGGGAGAAGAGGGCCACCAUCCUGGCCGGGCAGAACCAGCUGCGUUCCCGGUCGAGGAGCGGCCACGGCGGCGGCGGCGGCGGCGGCGGCGGAUCGUCGGUGCCGCCUCCGCAGCAGAAGAAUCACCAGUACCACGUGUAUCAGCAGCCGUACCGGCCGCCGCCGUCGCCCUCGGCCCCCAACGCCGUCUCGUCAAAGCACAUCGACGACGACAUACAGGAGGCCAUACGGCUCCACGAGGAGGGCGACCUGGAGAGGUCGACGGCCAUCUUUGGCCGGCUGGCCGAUCCCGACGGCGCUGACAAUCCACUCAGUCAGGUCUUGUACGGACUUGCCCUCAGGUAUGCGUGCUCUCUCUCUCUUUCUUUCUUUCUUGCUUUCUCUCUUUUCUUUUCUUUACUCUCCUCUUCUUCUUUUCUCCCCCUCCCCCUUUCUCUCUGGUCUCUCUCCCCCCCCCGCGAAAUCAGACAUGGUUGGGGAUGUGAGCCGAAUCCAGAGCAGGCAGUCAGCUAUCUCACCACGGCGGCAUCCAACGCCGCCUCCGUGGAGCAGCUGGCCCUCCAGGCCGGUCUGAAGAAGGGGGGCGCGGCAAAGGGUGAGCUCGUCCUGGCCAUCUUUGAGCUGGCAAACUGUUUUCGCAACGGGUGGGGUAUCGAGAAGGAUCCCGUGGCGGCCAAGCAGUAUUAUGAGACUGCGGCCAACUUGGGUGACACCGAUGCCAUGAAUGAAGUCGCGUUCUGCUAUCUGCAUGGGAUAUGGAAGCCAAAGUACGAUCCUCCCGGGGAGGGGGGUCCCAAGAAGAAGUAA